AUGAGGUGCAAGCCAUCAAAUAAUAAGCUAAUGGUGAAGUACAAGAAGGGGCUAUGGUCCCCCGAUGAAGACCAAAAGCUAACAUCUUAUGUCAUGAACUAUGGCCAUGGCUGUUGGAGUUCGGUCCCUAUUAAUGCAGGUUUACAGAGGAACGGAAAGAGUUGCAGAUUAAGAUGGAUUAAUUAUCUAAGGCCAGGAUUAAAGAGAGGGGCCUUUUCCUAUGAUGAAGAAGAAAUCAUCUUCACACUUCAUGGCUUGUUAGGCAACAAGUGGUCUCAGAUAUCCCAAUAUUUGCCUGGAAGGACGGAUAACGAGAUAAAAAAUCACUGGCAUUCCCACCUUAAGAAAAGAUUAGCUAAAUCAGAACAUCUUCAAGAUCAUCCUAAAGUUGAUAACACAAGCUCAAAUUUGUCCAGUGGCAUGGAUCAUUCGGUCCCACCAGUUUCCCAGACCAACAGCAACUUACCAAAAAUUUUAUUUGCGGAUUGGAUUAGUCUGGAUGAGUUUCAACCGGACUUUGGAAAGUCAAGUGAUGAGCCAGCUGCUGCAGCUCUUAGCCACACUUGUACUGCUUAUCAAUCAAACACCAAUGAGCAUGAAUGGCAGCGUAACGAAGGAUCAACGAUAGAGAGCAUCGAAACUCGAAACUGUUUAGAAAAUGGUAUAAGUAUUGAAGAUAUGUUUCAUACCCAGAUGACAAUUGAUCAGAUUUUCGGAUUUGAUCAUGGAGAUUUCCGCAUAGAUGACUUCAUGUAUAUAUAG